ACGGUUGUCAUCUCUUUUUUACCGCAGGGUAUUUUCUUCUUAGUGCGGAAGUCCGCGCACAAUGCUCUCAGGUAUCAGGUGUCGUCUUUACAGAGAUGCCGAUUUACCCGCAUACACUUAUCCCGCAUACACUUACGGGACUGGCAUUGAUGGAGAAUGAAGGGGGGGAGGACACAUACUUAUACGUGGGCUCUACCGACGGGAGACUUUUUGAAGUGCAGUUGAACAAGUCUGGCAGAGACUGUGUAUUAGAAGCAGAACCAAGCAUUCCCCCCGCAGCUGAAGGUGCCGUAGAAUCAAAACCAAGCAUUCCCCCCGCAUCUGGAGGUGCCGUAGAAGCAAAACCAAGCAGUCCCACUGUUCUGGUAACAACUGUGGUGGCUGGCACAGUAAUCGCCAUGGUAAUCAUUGCCAGCUUGAUUUGCAUAUGGUGGAGAGCGCGCCGACGACCACCUGGUCCGGAACGUCCCCUGGAAGGCGGUGAACAAGCGACUUCAUCUUUAAUAAAAGAUGAAGCGUUGGACGCGUGGGGAAUUAAGCCGUCGCGGGUCAAGCAGUUCGCUUUCAGGGUCCUGUCGGAAUGUUCCGAUGCAUUCUGCGAGGGUCGAAGAAUUGGGGAGAAAGGAGCGUUUGGGAAGGUUUACAGCGGCUCGCUUGACGGCAAGGAGGUCGCGAUAAAGGUGAUGACGGGCGAGCUAACGGAGACCAAACGGAACCAGUUUGUGGCCGAGGUGAACACCCUCAGCGGGCUUAAUCAUGCUAACCUCGUACAACUAGUCGGGUACUGCCUCGCGGGCGAUCACUGCAUCUUGGUGUACCCGUUCUUCCGAGGAGGCAGCCUGCACGGGCGGCUGUUCCCCAAGGCCGUCAGUGGGAAGGAUGCGAAAGCGCCGGACACGGACCCAAGUGUCGAGAAUCCAUCCCCUCCGCUGACGCUUCUGGAGCGCAUGAGCAUCGCCUUCCAGGUUGCCAAGGGGCUCGGCUACCUUCACGACGCCGCCAGGCCCCCCAUUAUCCAUCGGGACAUCAAGAGCAGCAACAUUCUGCUCGGCGAGGGAUCUGGAGAGAAGCUUCACGUCGUCGUAGCGGAUUUCGGAUUAGCAGCCAUCGGCGAGAGAGUAUUAGACACAGGACAUGACCACGUCGUGCUGACCUCUCACAUCGGCGGCACUUUCGGGUAUAUGUCGCCCGAGUACAUGCUGAAAGGAGAGCUGUCCGAAAAGAACGAUGUGUACUCGUAUGGGGUACUCGUUCUGGAGCUGUUGACGGGCAGGAAGGUGGUCGCGCCGGCUCCUUCCGGGUUGGGAUGGCAGACGCUCGUCGAGUGGGUGAAGCCUUUCCUUUGAGGGGCAGCAGUCCAGAGCGGGAGCAUGGAGAUGCCGUACCCGAUACUCGAUCGGUGCUUGUGGGAUCAG